AUGCAGGAAACGUUGAACUCAAAGAAGAAAGGUGAUGCUGCUUUUCGGCAUAAAGAUUUUCAAACGGCAAUUGAUAGCUAUACGAUGUUCAUUGAUGUUGGAACCAUGGUUUCUCCAACUGUUUAUGCACGUCGUAGUCUAUGUUAUCUUAUGAGCAACAUGGCCGAUGAAGCACUUAAUGAUGCAAUGCAAGCACAAGUAAUAUCCCCCGUUUGGUACAUUGCAUUUUAUUUACAAGCUGUUGCACUUUUAGCAAUGGGCAAAGAGAAUGAUGCCCAAAUGGCACUUAAAGAGGGUUCCUCGCUUGAAACUAAGAAGAGCACAAAUUAG